CACACUUACUCCCGCCUUGCGACGGUGAUGAGCGAACAAGACGAGUCUGCGAGACUAUGGAAGGUGAACCGCACCAUCCACGAACUCGUCAAGGACAGGGGAUUCCAGGUUUCUGACGAUGAAAUCAACAUGGACCUCGCUUUUUUCCGAGAACACUUCACGACCAACGGCGCAGUCGACCGAAACCGCCUCCAUUUCUACACCAACGCACGCACAGACGCGAAAGACCAGAUUUUCAUCUUCUUCUCAGACGAGCGCAACGUGGGAGUAAAGACGAUGCGAAAGUUGCUGAGCAUCCUCGAAGAAAAAACCAUCUCACGAGGAGUCAUCAUAUUCCCCUUGACCAUGACCUCGGCUGCUCGCAAGGUCAUCACUGCCAUGGCCCAACAGUAUCGUCUCGAAGAAUUCUCUGAAUCGGACCUGCUGGUCAACAUCACCCACCACACACUUGUUCCCCGCCACGACGUCCUUUCUCUAGAGGAGAAGAAGCAGCUCCUCGAAAAAUACCGCCUAAAAGAGACGCAACUGCCCCGCAUCCAGGUGGCUGACCCUGUUGCGCGUUACUAUGGCCUGCGACGCGGUCAGGUCGUCAAAAUCACUCGGCCGAGUGAAACGAGCGGACGUUAUGCCAGCUAUCGUAUAUGUUUUUAA